ACAAAUACGAGAUCCUGGUGCAAGGUCACUCUGUUCCCGUGUACUGCGACAUGGCGGCAUCGCCCACCGCUGCGACAUACCUCAGGCUUCCGGACACACCCCAGACCCGCACUCGAUACGGUGGCGAUAGAACAGUCCCAUAUGAAACGGAAUCGGCGGUUGGAAAAACGACAAUCUACCACAUGACCAGAUUGGAGAUUGACGAAUGCUUGGUGUACAUUAAACAGGACGACCAGAGAUUUGUUUCGGGAUUUAUCUGGGACGACACCACCCACGUAGCUAGAGGCACCUUCAGGAAAGAUACAUUCAACAUAGGUGGGGGAGGGGAAUGUGAGGGCCAUGGCUAUGGGGGUCACCAGAUAAGCUUGAAACACACCGGACUCAGAUUCGCCCCUGGACUUCACUUCAUCUACGACGGAAAGCAGCCCAAGACAGUGUACGAAAGAUUGACCGAACAAUUCUCGAGGAUCCAAGGAAGUGGACAUGGUGAUUGUGGACUGGUGAAGAAGGUAUUCGGAGAUGAUAAGGGGAUACUGGAUCCACUUGUGAUCCCCCUCACUCUCUUCAAUGGGGAAGUACAGCCCACCAGCACCCCUCUACCCGCAACCAUUCUACCCACAACUCCCUCUCCCAUAGCUUGCGAUGACGCGGAGUUCGUUUUGCAUGCUGAUCGCUCUGUCGUGCAAGUGACUACUUGCGAGGAGUUCGGGUUCGAUCAACUCGCCUUCUAUCGCCGACUGAACCCGAGCCACGAUGCUGGUUUGGCUGACUCCUGGAAAUAUAGUUACAACCCACUGUAUAUAGACCGGCUGAGUGGAAGGGAGUUUCAGAGCGAAUCAACAGGAGCGAAGUGGUUUGGAGACAUGGCCGCAGUUUACGUGUCAACCGAAUACAGACCAGGCUUUGAGCAGAUAUCCAAAUGGGUAUAUGAAAACGGAGUCGACAACCCUGGAUGCAUUUCCUUGACUGAUGCAGUGCCGCAAGAGUUCCGAAACAGUAUGCAAGAAGCCGAAUUUCCUGACUCCCCACGCUACAUAUGUCAAGACCAUCGGUUCUGCGAAGACUUCGAGAAGUUCCACCUUUGUAUUGUAAACGAAGGAAAACAGGGUUGCUUUGCAAUACCGCUUGAAAAGAACUGCCCAGCUGGCACUUAUUCUGGCCUUGAAUUUUUCUCAACGAAGGCAAUCAGAGCGCCCGGGUUUUGCUCCAGGCGGCCCCAUACUAAUGAAAACACAGGCGAAAUGAAAACUGAACUGGGUGACUUGAAGUGUCCGGUUGAGUUUGUGAGUAUCUCGGCGUUUGAAGUUCUGGAGUCGGAUCGGAAAAUGAACACUGUCAAAGUCGACGGCGAUAAUGGACACUUGGUCGGAAAUAGAUGGACCGAAUACGAAAAGCCCUUUUUUGGAGCAAGUUUCAGUGGACCAGGGUUCAUGAGGGUUACAGUCGUAGACACUGCUGUGGCGGGAGUGGAACACCCGACAGGGUGCUUGAUUCCGACUGAACAAGUGCCCAAAUACGAACGCGGGUCAGAGAGGAGAAGCACUUCACCCGUGAUAUCUCUAUGCAUCGAAUACCAAAGGAAGGGGCAUAUUUUUGCACGCUAA